AUGGAAGCUGUCUUUGGGAAAUCCGACAUGUUCCAGACCAACUUGCUGGCUCUAUGGCGCAGUAAAGAACCAGCCGAAUACUCAAAGGCUUUGCUUGAAGAGGAUGACGAAACGAAUGGGCUGUCGCUGAUGAGGAGGCAUGGCUCUAGCCGAAGAUGGCAGGUCUUGACUCUCCUCCAUCUCCUCUUCUUUUCAGGGGGUGCUAUUCUUUACGCUGCGGCCUGGGCUAAGUAUUCUGAGCGCAACGCGUGCCUCAAAGUUACCUCUACUUAUUCCCCCAUCCUCGACGAGGUAGACAUGCCGUUAACCGACGUUACGUUGAACGGAAGUCUCUGGCAGGGGAAGAACACGCCUAUCUGGCGAGGCUACCCGGAUUCUAACGAGACAAUGUCGGCUUGGGCAAGAAACGACCACAUGCAUCACAUCGUCGUAACCAGAGAGCAGGUCAUCAAGCUGGGAAAGGACCCCGGCACGGCAGUGAAGCUCAACGAUGAGUACUGGGGCUUGGGUGACGACGCGUAUGCCGCCACACUUGAUUUCCCCCAUCAAGUGCACUGUUUGAAUAGGCUUCGGAAAGAGGCCUUCAGAUACUGGCGCCGGGCAGGGGCGACAGCACCCGAGUGGACGGACCUUCAUUGGCUCCAUCUACUACAUUGUACCGAGAUGCUGAUGGAGCAUAUUCUCUGCAAUGCCGACGCCGGCUUUAUAACCUUUAAUUGGAUGGAACACGAGUCUACCCCUUCCCCCGAUAUGAGCGUGCGAAGGAAGUGUAGAGACUGGCGUCAGUUGGUUGAUUAUGAGAAGGCAUAUAGGUUGAAGGACGACGUAGAGAAGUGGUUGCGGUGGAGGAAGCCGGAGGAGGCUACAGCACUGAGACAGCCCCAGGACUGGUGGGACCAUCGCGAACAGUACGACACGUGCCGCUACCUCGACGACGACGAUAGAGAGUGUAAUUGA